AUGCCUCAAGUGGCUCUCGGGGAAUCCAUCCCCCCCGACACGGCUCAUGCCGUGAGCGUUUCGUUGCCCACAUGGAAGUCCAAUGUAGGGUAUGAGGAGGGCGAGAGCUGGGUCGUCGACAAAAUGACGACUGGCUACCCGAGAUUCUUCAUCCACAAGAGCAUAGAAGCCUUUGCGCGCGUCGUCGCCUCGACGUUCGCCCGCACGCCCGGGCAGCGGGCCAUGCUGUUCCCCGACAAGGCCAUCGCCCAGCGGUGCAUUGACUUCCUGCACGCUCACGCCCCGGCCCAGGUCCUGGACGGCCUCGACACCGUUCACCUGGUCCUCGACGUCUCGAACCCAGAGGCCGAUUCGCUGAAGCUCAUCAGUCCGACCGUCUCGGGCGUGCUGUUCCACCCCGACGCUUUCCCGUACGCCAAGCAGUUCUGGCAGCACAGCGGCGACGGCGUCUCCAGCAGAAGGGCCGAGUUCUGCCACGGCCUCCUCGCCCAGGGCCUGCUUUGCCCCGAUGACCCGUCAAGGAAGCCGACAUGUCAGGUCCCUCAGAAGACCAAGGGCCCGCGGCGCUACCAGCGACCAGUUCUCGCAGAGGGGACGGCGGCGGCGGCGGCGGCAUCUCACACGCCGGGUGGCAGCGGCGACACCAGUCCGAAUCUUAGCUCGGCCGCGUCUAAUUGGUUCGUCGAGGAACGCUUUGGCCGGAACCUCGACAUUUCAUUCGUCGACCGAGCCAAGGCGGCGAUCAAAAGGCGCAUCGCCGGCACGCUGAGUCAUAAUGUCGAUGUCGCGAGCAGACCCCUGCCGGAGGCGGACCCCAGCGGUCGGGGAAUCGCCAGCCUCACGGAGCACGACGUCUACCUGUUCCCCACGGGGAUGAGCGCCAUCUUCAACACCCACCGCUUCCUUUUGAGCGCCAGGGGGAGCAUGAAGAGCAUCAGCUUCGGGUUCCCUUACGUCGACACGCUCAAGAUCCUCCAGAAAUUCGGCCCCGGGUGCGUCUUCUACGGCCGCGCCUCGGAACAGGAGCUGGACGAGCUGCAGCAGCGGCUCGAGUCCGGCGAGCGCUUCCUGGCGCUGUUUUGCGAGUUUCCGGGGAACCCCAUGCUCACGUGCCCCAAUCUCAAGCGUAUCCGCUCCCUGGCGGACCAGUACGAUUUUGCGUUGGUGGUUGACGAGACGAUUGGCACGUUUGGUAACAUUGACGUCCUGCAGUAUGCCGAUGUCGUGGUCAGCAGCCUGACCAAGAUCUUUUCGGGUGACUGCAACGUCAUGGGCGGGUCGGCCGUGUUGAACCCCAAGAGUCGCUAUUACGCCAGCCUCAAGACCACGUUAGAGCAGAAUUAUAGCGAUACGUACUGGCCCGAAGAUGCCAUCUUCAUGGAGCGGAACAGCCGCGACUUUGCCAAACGCAUCAGCCGCAUCAACACCAACGCCGAGGCGGUUGCCGAGCUCUUACUGGCGCACCCGCUCGUGAAGAGGGUGCAUUAUCCAAAACACAACGCAGACAGGGCGAACUACGAGGACUGCAGGUUGCCGUCCGGAGGCUACGGGGGGCUGAUGUCUGCCGUGUUCCACCGCAAGGAGGAUGCCAUGGUGUUUUACGACAACAUGGAGUCGCCAAAGGGACCCAGUCUCGGGACGAAUUUCACGCUGACGUCGCCGUACGUGCUGCUCGCUCAUUACGGAGAGCUGGAUUGGGCAGUCAGCCUGGGCGUCGACCCGAACCUGCUGCGGAUCAGCGUCGGACUGGAGGAGACGGAUCGGUUGACGCAGAUUUUCAGCAAGGCGCUCGAAGCGGCGGAAAAGGCAUCGCAGGGUGCCGGGUCGGAAUCAUGA